AUGAGUUUGAAACCUAAUAAAUUUUCAAAUUCUUCAGAUGAUAAUUCAAAGGAAAAAGGUUUGUAUUCCUUACAUUCAAAUGCAUCAAAUGAUUUUAUCUCUAUUUCAUCUAAAAUAUAUUCAUCAAUAUGUGAUGCAAUUUAUCAUAAUAAAGAAUCACUUAUUUCAAAAAAUUCAGGUGGAUCUUUAGAUAAAUUAUCAAAAUCCUUCUCAAGAGGUUUUCUUGUUUUCUUUCAGCUAUCUGUGAUUCUUCUUUUUCUUCUUUAUUAUAAAAAUUACUUUCCUGGAGAAUCGAGCAAUGAUAAAAGCAUAAAAAUAGAAAAAAUUUCAGGUAAUCAAAGAAUAAAAAGGUGUCUAGAAGGCAUAGAGAUGGAAAAAGAUCUAGAAGAGUUUAAACAAUUCAGAGAUGAAGUAAGUAAUAUGGAAAAAUUAUUUAAUAUAGAAGAUGACAUGGAUUAUACAGAAGAUGAGGAAUACCUUCAAUGGAAGAAAGAACUAGAAAAUUUAGACGAGAGACUUACGUCACAGCUUUCUGAUAUGUGGGAAGAUUUGAAAGAUCUAAAAUAUAUAGAUGAAGAAAAAUGGAAAGAACUUUGUGAAAAUUGUAAAGGAAAAUUGAAAGUCUGCGGAGAGGAACGAAGAAAAAGAGUAAAAAAAUCAGCAAGUAAUGUAAAAUGCGCAGACAAAAUAAAACAGCUAUCAUCGGAGAGAAUUGUAGAAAAAAAACUAGAAACCUUUUCACUGAGGAAAGUCAAAGAAGAGGAAGUAGAAGACAAUCCAUCAGAAAAAAUCAUAGUCAAAACAGAAGAACAGACAUUUGGAAAAAUUAACGAAAAAAUAAUAGAAGGAAUUCCAAUUAGUCAAGUCAAAGGAAAAAAUGUAGAAGAUAAUUUAUCAGAAAAAAUAAAAUCUAGCCAAGAAGAAGAACAUGAAUCAGAACAAGUUAAAGAAAAAAAAGUAGAAGAGCACCCAUUAGAAAAAAGGGGGGAAAAGAAAUUAGAAGAGAAUACAUCAGAAAAAAUGGAGGAAACGAAAGUAGAAAAACCAUCAAAAAAAAACCCAGAAAAGAAAUUAGAACAGUAUUCAUCAGAAAAAAAGGCAGAAAAGAAAGUAGAACAAACAUUAAAAAAAAAACAAGAAAAGAAAUUAGAAGAGAAUUUAUCAGAAAAAAUGGGGGAAAAGAAUGUAGAACAACCAUUAAAAAAAACCCAAGAAAAGGAAUUAGAAGAGUAUUCAUCAGAAAAAAAGGCGGAAAAGAAAGUAGAACAACCAUUAAAAAAAACCCAAGAAAAGAAAUUAGAAGAGAAUUUAUCAGAAAAAACGGGGGAAAAGAAUGUAGAAGAGCAGCCAUUAAAAAAAACCCAAGAAGAGAAAUUAGAAGAGAAUUCAUCAGAAAAUAUGAGGGAGAAGAAAGUAGAACAUCCAUCAAAAAAAAUCAGAGUCAACAAAACAGAAGAACGCACAUCAGAAAAAACUGAAGAAAAAGAAAUGGAAUUCCCAUUGGAAAAUAUAAUAGAAAAAAAGGAAGAAGCACAAAUAUCAGAACAGAAUAAGGCAGAAAAAUUAUCGAAGUUAAGAACUAAUAAAGAUGAUUUAAAGGGAACGCCUCUUCUAAGGGAAUGGGGAGGUAAAGAUAAAAAGUACCAAGAAGCCCAGAGGAAAAAUAUGAAAGAAGCAGAAAUAAUGCAGAUGAAAGAAGAAAGCAGGAUUUCUAGAGAGAAAGCAGAAAGAGAAGCAAUGGAUAAAAAGGGAAUUGAACUAUUGGAAAAAGCAAAGUUAGCUAAUGAAAAAGUAGACAAAAAGGACAAAGAGCAAGAGUGGAGAGAUCAUAUAAUGAGAGAUAAAAAUGAAAGACUAAGGUAUAUGAAAAAGGGGGAAAAGAUGUUGAAGCAAGAAUGGAAAGAAAGAAGAAAUCUAGAGAAGAAAAUAUUGAAGAAAGAAAUGAAAGAUAUGAAAAAAAGAAAAGAAUUAGAGAGAAAAAUGAGUAAGCAUAAAGAUAUGCAGAAUAUGGGAAAUGAAAAAAUUAUGAAAAAAGAACAAGAAAGAAUUGAUAAGGCUAAGUUAAAGGAAGACAUUAUGAAAAGGAAAUGGCAUGAGAGAAGAGAGAAAGAAAGGUUAGAGAGAGAAAAGAAAGAGAGAAAAAAAGCUGAAAAGGUAGAUAGGAAGAUGAUGAACAAAGAAUGGAAGGAAAGAAAAAAACUAGAAAAGAAAUUGUUUAAGAAAGAAUGGAAAGAUAAAAAAAAGAGCAUGAAAAUGAUGAGAAGGGGUAGAGAGGUAGAUGAAAAAGAUGAUCUAAUGAAAUUAAAAUUAAAUAUGAUAGAUAAGGAAAGAAAUGAAAAAGCGAAUUUGGAAAAAGAGUUAAUGGAAAGAAAAUGGGAAGAAAGGAGAGAAAAAGACAGAAUUUUAGGUGAUAGAAUAGAAAGAAAGAAUAAGGAAAAAAUGGAUAAGAAAAGAAUUAAAAGCAAAUGGAGGAAAAAAAAUAAUUUAGGUAAAGUUUCAGAGAAGAAAGAGGAAAGUUACAUGAAAAAGAAAUCUCAAAAGGAGAGAAAACAGAAGGAAAGAAUGGAAAAAGCAAAUAUGGAAAUGAAGCUAAUGGAGAAAAAACAUGAUGAAAGAUUACAGAAAGCAAUGCUGCAGAUGAAUAUAGAUGAUAGAAAGGAAAAUUAUAAGAUGGAAAUGAAUAGAAUAGAACAAUUAUGA